CAAUUGACGGACAAAAUUUCGAGAAACACUACGUGUCCGUCAAUCCAUUUUUCAAAGAAAUACUUACUUAGAGACCGGGUCCAGUCGACUACAAGCGUUAAAACUUUCUUUAGAAUGUUGAAACCUCUCAGUUGAGCCUGUUCUGACAAAAAUUCACASCUUUGCAGAAGCUCCGCAUACUAGCAAUCGCGACACGCUUCGAGCGAAUCUCCAUCACUAACACUUUUGACGGACAGACUUUUGAGAAAAACUAUGUGUCCGUCAAUCGAUUUCUUUUACAAAAGCAAUGAUACAAGAUUCAAGACGUUCUUUAUAGCCGUGAAAUAUUUCUUACGGACACUUAAGCUUACUGUAACUUAUUUAUCACGAUUUAGAAAGCCAUGUUAUCCUGUCACUUGUCACUCUGCUAGGUACGUUGCGUGACAUUUACGUAAUACUUUACAUCACUUAUUUGGCGGGAAGUUGUACGUUUCUAGCGGGAAUUUCGACCGUGUAUUCUAGAGGCGAUUAGAGCUUUUCAGAAUAUUGUUCUAGAUUGUUUCAGGGAUUAAAAGUUGCUUGCAGUUUCAGUGAUAUUUAACCUUAAUCAACAAGUCAUCUAAGGUAGGAAUAUAUGAAGAUUAACUCUAGAUGCUACUGUAUGAACACAAGGAAUUUUCUCAUUUCAAGAAAUUUAUACACAAUCAGCAUUAUAUAUAAUCAAACACAACUUGCUUUUUGCGUGUGGUGAAUUCUAUGAUAUAUCCAAGCUCCACACUGACUUAUUCAAUUAUUAGGUACUUACAUGUAUAUAAUUUAAUGUGAUAUGGUCUAAAUUCACUGCAUAAAUUUAUUCAUAAUUCACAACUGGUCUCUGGCAUUACUUCAUCCCCAUCUUAUUCUUAUUUCCUAAAUGUAAUGUCAUUGUAGAUCAUUAUUGAAGUUUCAUCUGUUGCAUUAUGGAUACAUCCUUAAAGGUAUUAUUUGGAUUUAAAUCUCAUGUUAUCAUAUAGUUAAAUCUGUAAUGUUAUUAAUUCAUUUCAAUAAGUCGAUCUGUUCCAAGUGCAAAUCAAAUCAGAACUAAUACCAGAAUAUAUGUCAGCACUUGUAUAAAUUAAYUUAGAUAUACCUGGAUAUCUUGUAAAAGAUUCUUGGAAAAGCGUUUCAAUCCCGCAUAGAAGAACAAUUACUAUUUGCUAAUAAAAGUACAUGAUGACCAACUGAUACAAACAAAUCACAGCACACAUCGACUAUGAUGUGAUACCAAAACUAAGACCUUUGACGUCAGUAAUGGGUUGUGAUAAAACAUCAGUUCUAAUAAUUAUGUCAGAUCCAAAAUUUGUUUAUUAAACAUUAGCACUUUUUGGGAUUUAAAAGGUCAAUUAAAUGUCUGACCYAAGUCUCCUUGGACUAAUAAUCAAUUAUUUAAUUAAAUCUUAUGUUGAUCCUUGCAAUUUCUGAUUAUCAGCAGGCACUUCUACAACUCAUUAAUAAUUCAUGAGCACUCAGUCACAAUCAUGUUAUAACCUAUUUAAAUCCUGAUAAAAUGCUGAUGUUGAAUUGAUCAGUUCUAUAUCAGAUAUAUAGAACUGAUGUUUAAUUCAUCAUCACUUUGUSACAACCCAAUACUGCCAAAGGUCUCAGUUYUAAUAUCACAUCAMAGACCUUUGCUAUGUUUAGGCAUACUGUGUACUGUGUUGUUCUGAGGAAACUGGGACAGUAGGAGUACUAGGAACUCAUUGUUCUAUUAACAACACAUAAUGUGCAGCAAGUACAGAUUGUUGUUGUCUCAAUAAUAAAAAAACAUGUAUUUCUAUUUAUAAGAAAUUGCAUCCUAGUUUUUCUUCCAUAGGAAAUAAUCAAGAGCAAUGCAUUUGAAACAGUGACUCGCUUAGAAGCAGCACGCAUAGAUUAUCCACCAUUGUUGUACAGCACUCAAUGCCGUUUACUAAGAAAGCAGCCAACUGCUUUGACGGAUAUAACUACAUUAAAGAAAAUGCCCUCUAGAUCAGCAUGUAAUCAAAUGGCAGGGUGUUGCAAAAAAGGGAAUUUCCCAGCUGUUUCUUGCACAUCAGGAACUUUCACAGGUCAUUCACUUGCACARUURAUCCAAGUACACAACUUGCAUGACAUCAAGAUUGCAGUCAAAGAAGAGCARCAAUGGCUUGCCAAGAAAAUUCACAUUCCCAAUUCAAAAUGUUCUUAUUCAAAAGAGCUCAUGGAAGUUUACAAAAAAAAAAUCUUUGAUUCACCUGAUGGCCAUAUUGUUCUUGAUAAUAAUCGCUACAUACUAGCAUCUGAUAUGGCAACUUUGGCUGGGAAUGGAUGGCUUCACUUUAGUAUUUUGACAGGUAUAGCAGAGAUUAUACACAGACAAAACAACACAACGGCUGCACUCAUGCUUAAUAACAUAAUCAUGAUGAAAGGCAAACAACUGGAUGAGUAUAUAAGUAACAAUAUCAGCUCUGAAAUGAGAAAUCUCAUUUUCUUUGCCCAUGUCGGUAAAAGCAUAAGAGGUGAUGUAUUUUUCAGCAGUCCAUACCAAAAAGGCAGUCACUGGGUCAUGAUUUACAUUGAUCUAUCAGCAAACAAGUGGUUCUACUGUGAUCCUGCUGCAUGGGACGUGCCUUCCACAUUGAGGCAAAUCUUAUCUCCAGUUGUACAAGCAGUUUAUGGGAAAACUACAAUUGCAUCCAAGUCCUUUGCAGGAAUCACGCUGGCUCAUGUCCACAGCACCCAAUCUCAGUUCAAGUGCUCGAAGAAUUGCCUAGCAAAUGUACCUCUCCAAACAUGCAACAGUGUUUGUGGUGUUGCAGUUGCUAUUAUGGGAGGAAUCGCUUCAAACGCUCCAAGUUUAUGGCAAAAUGUGUUAAACAGGAACUGCUCUCUUCCAUUAAGUUUACASUGGUUAACUUCUCCAUCUAGGCAUUCUGAUUUUUUGCGUCAUACUGUAAUAUCAUGGCUUCUCAAAGAUUCUAUUGAUUUGUCUAUCAUGGGCAUUGAUGAAGGAGUACAUGUAGCAGCUGCUACACCCAAAACUGAACAUUCCAUAAAUACAAGAAAAAAUGCURACAUUUUAGUAAUUCCAGAUGAUGAUGAUGAUGAUAUUGAACAAGCUGGAAGUGCACUUUCCCAAGGCCAAGAAGACAUGUAUCAAUGGCAGACAGUCAGGAAAAAGAAAAGAGGGAAUGGCAAUAAAGUAAGCACUAAGCCUAAAAGUCAUUGUGCUACCAAGAGCAGCCAACAAGGCUACAAGAGGCAAAAAAGAGUAACCACGCAUUUAGCAAAAGAAAAACWAGAGGUGAAAAAACAGAAAGUGAGUGACAGAGCUACUUGUAAUGGACUGCCAAAGACCUACAAACAGUGUAAAGUGCAACACAAGAAAACAACACAAGGGAUAGACAGGGAUGGGAAGAAUAGAGACCGAGAAGAGAAUAUAGACAUUAAUGAAGACAUACAUGAUGAUUCACAAGUUGUAGAUAUUGAAAGAGGACAUAUACAUGAUGACAGCCAACAGGAUUCAAAAGUAGUCAUUGGUAGGAGUAGUGACAUUGAUAAGAAAGAUACCUUCAAAAAAACAAUGCAUGAUCCAAAAGUGGUCAACAGAGGAAAUAAUGGUGACAAGAGAGAUGACACCCCUCAAGUACACAAACCAACAGUAGUCAACAGUGAAACUAGUGAUAUUGACGAGUCAGAUGACACCCAUGAAGAAAGACAGCAUGAACCCAAAGUAGUCAACAGUGAAACUAGUGAUAUUGACGAGUCAGAUGACACCCGUGAAGACAGACAGCAUGAACGCAAAGUGGUUAUUGAUGACUCUAAUUGUAGAGUUAAAAAGAUAGAAGAUACUGUUGAGGAUGGCAAACCCAUAUUCUUCGUUGGCCAGAUGUUUAACAACUUAGAUGACCUGCAAAAAGCAAAAGGCAGCUAUGAAAAGAAGUACUUUUGUGAAAUUAUAAACAAAAAAAGCAGAACGCUUAACACCGCUGCGAAGACAGUACCAAAAAGAGUUGCUUGUGCCAAAACAUCUCUCAAGUAUUAUUCCUUGCUCUUGUCUUGUAAGUUCAGCGGGAAACCCCAGCAAUUAAAAGACCGCCAAAGAAAUACUAAGUCCUUUCGACAAAAUUGUCCUUUCGAAAUUUAUGUGAAAUUAACAGAAGAUGGCCAAGCAUUACAGGUAUCACGGAUUAAUGAACAACAUAACCAUAUACUAUCAAAAACACUUUAUGAACAUCUUCCUAGACAAAGAAGAGUGCCUCAACAACUGAAAAGCCAAUUAGAAGAUAGCAUCAAACUAAAAGCCAACAAAAAGCUUUUACAGCAAAAAAUCCAAAAAGCAGGACUAAACAUUACCCUCAAAGACAUAUCAAAUAUGCAACAAAAAAUCAAAAAAGGAACUAAUAGAAACGACAUAGAGCAUGUCAUUAAUUUUCUUAAGGAACAAGAGGGUACAAUGACGGAAGUGCUUGUUGAUGAUGAACAAAACUUUCAGGGUUUAUUCUACCAAGAUCAAUACAUGCGUGAAAUGUAUAACAAAUUUCCUGAACUUUUAAUGGUUGAUGCCACAUACAAACUUCUAGAAUUGAGGAUGCCCUUAUACCUUCUAUUGGUUGUUGAUGGUGAUGGUCUAAGUGAAAUUGUGGCUAUGUUUGUUUUGGCAGAGGAAACAAAACAAAUCAUUGAAGCUUCUGUGGCAGCAUUCCAAAAGUUUAACCUUUCUUGGCCAAGAACAAAAGUUAUAAUGUCAGACAAAGACUUCACUGAAAGGGAUGCAUUUAGCAAGUAUUUCUCAGGAGCAUCCCUCAAUAUCUGUUUGUACCAUACCUUGCGAUCUAUGAAWAGAGAAAUAACUUGUGAGAAGCUUGGCAUAACAUCUUCAGAAAGAUCAAGGUGUCUUGAAAUUGUAAAUAAAAUGGCAUAUUCAAAAUCUCCCCAGCAGUAUGAAAAAUAUCUCAAGAUGCUGAAUGCUACAAAACUCAACAGCUUCAUUGACUACAUGAAAGCAAAUUGGAUACCGAUCAAAGAACAGUGGGUCUCCUGCUAUAAAGAUGAGACUUAUAAUCUAGGAGAAACUACAAACAAUCGCAUUGAGUCAAUCUUUUCUAAGAUCAAAAGUGUGUGUUCAAAGUAUGCAAGUCUCCUCCAAUUUUUCAAUGAAUUCUUUGUUGUGUUAAAGUCAUUAAGAAGUGAGAGAAACCAUCACUAUUUGAUGUCAUUUGCACGAAAAUCUGUACAAGGUGUAGACUCAAGUCUCAAAGAAUUUUCCAACUAUUUGACUCCUUAUGCAUUUGAAUAUGUMAAAAAUCAGGUGGAGCAAUCCAAACUGAUAGUCAGCUAUACAAAAAAGCCAGGAAAUGAGUUUGAAUUUAAGACGCGUAUUGACACAACCACUGCAACUGCUACCAAUUGUACUUGUUUAUUUAUGAAGAGAAUGGGGCUACCAUGCAAGCACAUCUUCAAAGUUAGAACAGAGGAACACAUACCACUUUUUGAUAGGUCAAUAAUGGCAGAACGRUGGAGUAUUGACUAUUACCAAACAGUGCAUAACAUUAGAUUUGCUGAAAAUGAUGAAGACAUUGAGAAUGAUAUUAUGAGCUCUUGUAAUGUCCAAAAAACUGAAAAGACUCUGAAACGUAGAGUUCUUUCACAAGCUCAGAAAUUCAAUAAGGCCAGCAGACUUACUCAGAUACUAGCAUCACGAGCAAGUGAAGUUGGGAUGAAAACAUUUCACUCCAGGGUAAAUGUACUGGAKAAAAUCCUUCAACUCUGGCAGGAAGGAAAGGAAGUUUCUGUAUCGGCACAURAAGAGUCUGAUAAUAGUGUAAACACAGAGCCCAUAGAUUCUGAUGAAGUGACUUGUGACAUGGAGCUGCAAAACAAAGAACAUAUAGAUGACAAAGAUGACAAAGAUGACAAAGAUGCUGAAGAGGGAAAACAAAUCAAAGAAAUGGCUUUUAAAGAAGAAGAUUGUGGUGACAAUGUUGAUACAUCCAAAAACACAGAAUUGUUAUCUUCUGAAAAAGAGAGUGAUAAGGAGCAUAAAGAAAUGCAUGAUACCGGUAAUUAUAAUCUGAAGAGCAUAAAAAUGCCACCAAAGAUGAAAAAGCGAGGACGUCCAAAAGGGGCAGAGGUUACUGUCAUAGGUCUUCCAAGAACAAAAAAAAGAAAAACAGAAAGUUUGAAAGUAUUACCAUUCAAAAACCUCAAACCAAUYGACAAAGACAAGAGUAUCUUGGAGUGCUUGACCAACAGUACACUGGCUACUUCUGAAGCCUUAGCUGGGAAGAGACUUUUGGAUGAUAAUGACAUUGAAAACAAUGUUCACUUAGUCCCAGACACAGUUCGAGAUGAACAAAAUAUUGAUAUUAACCGGGUUCAGAAAUAUUUCAGAAAUGAGACCUGGUUGAGAAUAUUAUCUGUACUUGAGAAGAAAAAAGAAGUUGCAUUCCAGUGCACACUGUGCUCUAAAUCCAUAAGAAAUAGGCAGAGCAGCAUUAUUUGUGAACGUUGUCUGUUAUGGUUCCACUUCAGCUGCACAACACUUAAUUCCAAACCUAAAGCACGAAACUGGUUCUGCACGAUCUGUAAAAGCAAAUAUAUAUGAACCAUAUAUCUAAAGGAUGUUGUUUGAUUCUUUGAUUUGUUGAUUCCAAAGUAUACACGACUUUCACAAUGGCCGACACUAAUUAGCAUAUUAUUGUUAAAUUCAUAAUGUUGACAAAAGAAA